UCAGCUAUAGUUCAGUCCUCAGACCUCAUAUGUAUGUGUAAUUUGUCAAAAAUAAACAGUAACGGUCGCUAAAAAUUUAGUUAUCAACGCCCGUUGAAGGGUUGAAGCUCUCUUAAAUCUCUGCUAGAUUCAACUGUUAUGGCUUCCAUCUUCAGAUCGCAAUCGGUUCUUCUCAUUUUUUACAUUCAAUUUUGCCUUUCUCUCCUCGCUCCGGCUCUCGCUAUUUCGUCCGGGUCUGGCGAUGGUUACACCAUUAAUGGUCGAGUGAAGAUUACAGGCAUGGAUGCAAAAGGUUUUGGUCUUCCUGGAAAACUAUCCAAUGUCAAAGUUAUACUUAACGGUGGCCAAGGCAUCACUUCUCUAAGGCCUGAUGGAUAUUUUUCAUUCAAUAAUGUGCCAGCAGGGACUCAUUUGAUUGAAGUGGCUGCAGUAGGCUAUUUCUUUUCUCCAGUCCGAGUUGACGUUAGUGCCAGAUUCCAAGGCAAGAUUCAGGCAGCAUUGACAGAGAACAGGAGAGGUCUAAGUGAGUUGGUAUUAGAGCCGCUGAGAGAUGAACAGUAUUAUGAGAUUAGGGAACCCUUCUCCAUAAUGUCGGUUGUCAAAAGUCCAAUGGGUCUUAUGAUGGGAUUUAUGCUGGUGGUUAUGUUCGUAAUGCCCAAAUUAGUGGAGAACAUGGAUCCUGAGGAAAUUAGGCGAGCACAAGAAGAAAUGAGGCAACAAGGGGUUCCCUCCCUAGCAAACUUAAUACCAGGAGCACAGAGAUAAAUUGAUCAAAUCAGGCUCAUCCACACGAUGUCAGGAGCUGAAAAGCAGCAUUGUGAUAGAGAGGCGUUAUUGGUAUUCAGCAGAACAUUCAUGCACAAUUAUCGACUCUUGCUUAUCAUACUUUCAACAAUUUGUUUAUUAUACUCUCGAAGGCUGUGUUAUUAACAAUGUUCCUGAUUAGCUUAGCGGAGAUAUUACCCGUUAUUUUGAUUCUUGAUUUUAAGAUUGUGUCCCAAAUUUUAUAUUCUUAGUAUCAUUAUUUUGUUUGCUCUCU